GCUUGAGGGACUAACUUGGCUCUGGAGCCUUUGUUCCUCACCUCCUGACUCGAUUUUCCUUUCGUCUAUGUUUGGCUACGGCUUCAUUAUGCUUGUGCUGAAUUUUCCUAUGGUCUGGCUCUAGCAAUACCUUCUUUCCAUUGCACCUAUACGCUCCUUACCGGCGCCGCUCCAUCCAACCUCUCCCACGGGGACUACCCUCAACACGAGGCUAGCGAUUGGGGUGCUCACCAAUGCCAGUUUUCUUUCUUAUAUUACUUUAAACCUCCGGUUUUCUUUUUGUCCCCGAUAUGCCUCGGUCAAAGUCGUCGGCAAGCCCUGCUGUCGAGCGGCGCGAUCGCUUGACACUCGCGAAACUGGCCAGCUAUGAUGAUGUCGCGACAGAUGCGCUGGUGGACCGAGCUUAUUUCUGGACAAGUAUCCGCAAGAACCGCACCAAAUAUAACCCCGCCCGGGGCAUCCACGAUGACGAUGUUGCGCAGAUUCUCCUCCACGACGUGAUUGUCGGCAAGGAUGCGAGUAAAGCAGAAAACAGGUUGCUAGCUAUGUCGGGGCUGCGAAAAUACAUGGCAAGGCUGUCCGGCGAUCGAGAGAAGGAGUGGUUCCGUCGUCACUUGCGCAAGUACGUCCAGAUGUACUUACCCGACUGUCCGUUUGAAGUCACCACGACCAAUCGCUACACCAUCACCGUCCAUGAAGCCGCCAUCUGCGCCAGGAAGUUUAUCAGGCAGGGCCAGGAGAUCAAGUACCUGAGCGGGACUCUAGUCGCGAUGACUCGUGAGGAGGAACUGGAUUUGGGUCUAACGCGCAAAGACUUCAGCAUUGUCAUGUCGAGCCGGAAAAAGGCCCCGUCAUUCUUCUUGGGUCCGGCCCGGUUUGCGAAUCAUGACUGCCACGCGAACGGCCGCCUGGUCACUCGUGGCUCGGAAGGCAUGCAGGUCGUAGCUACGCGUGACAUCUACAUCGGCGAGGAGAUCACCGUGUCUUACGGCGAUGACUAUUUUGGCGUUGACAAUUGCGAAUGUCUCUGUCUAACCUGCGAGCGGGCGGUUCGCAACGGCUGGGCUCCAGAUGGGGAGGUCACAUCGCCCAGGAGUGACGCCUCGACGCCGGCUCCGAAUGACAUGCCCACCUCAAACGAAGAAACCCCAGUGCCUGAAUCAGCCUUGGGCCCGAGACCAUCGAACAAACGAAAACGUGGAUCCGAUGGGGAUUCCGAGGUUAUAGUCUCUCUAACCCCUCGCAAGCGGGGGAAGUUUGAGCGUCAGAAUUCUAAACUCAGAGAGGAAAUCGCGCUGCCCGAUAUUGCUGCUUCGAUUGAAGUAUCGACCGUGACGGCCGCAGCCGCCUCGACACUCAUUGUGGAAGCAAAGACAAAUAUUCGGCUUCCGGUUAUGAUGGGAGAUUGUCCCCUGGCGAGUAUAGCUCCUGGUAACGAGACGACCGGCCAACUCCUUGCCACCGUCGACUUCGAGUCAACUACUUUGCUUACUACCGAGGAAUCGCAGAGACGCUCUGGCUCUACAACACCGACAUCAGAAAGUGACAGCCGAGUCUCAGAGAUUAAAACCGAACAGACCACAGAACCUUCUGUGGGUACAGGCAGUGGAAUCCCCCUCCAUCCGGAGCUUCCACUCCCAAGCAAUAUCGAUGGUCUGUCAGACCUGUCUGGCUCGUGUGAGCCGGACGAAAAGUUCGGUAAUGGGGUGGGACGGCCGAAGAAAGGCCGCCGCUCGUCGCGCUCUAAAGCGCUUAUUCUCUCUGUUGAGGAAGACUUGCCGCGAGCCCGCAUGCCUGGCGACUACACCAAGACCUCGCGGUUGCUUGCUCAUCGAUACGAUCGCUGGGUUGAGUGCCACACCUGCAACGUCUGGUUUGUUCAGCAAGACUCUUAUCUGACGCGCCGCGAAUGUCCUCGCUGCGAACGCCACUCGAAGCUGUACGGCUACCGCUGGCCCAAGACCGACCGGGACGGUCUGUACGACGACGAGGAGCGGAUCAUGGACCACCGUGAAGUCCACCGCUUCCUGUACCCGGAGGAAGAGGCCAAAAUCUCCCGCCGACACCGCGGCAUCGGCUUUGGCGUCACGCCGACCCCGGAGCUCUCUGAUGCCCCCCUCACAGAAACGGACGUCAGCGAGAAUGGCACAAAUCGUCGCGACACCAGAGCCAGCAGGCGGCGCACGCGAGAGAUCCGCAAGACGAUGUAAUGGCCUCGUGCUCCCUAUGUCUCACUACACCCUCCUUUCAUCUAACGCUUACCAUAUUCCUGGAAGUGACAUGUACUAUAAUGAUAUUAUCUUUGAACAGCGCGGAGUUGGGUUAUGUUUUGAUUCGAGUUCAAAGAACUAUCAGACUUGCGGCUUAAUUGGGCGACAUACCAUGCAAUCAUUUGGAGCAUCCGAUGCCAUCUAAUGUGCGAUCACGAUGUUUCAUUGUCCAUGCUUCUCUUUUUCUAUUCCAGGGAGAUUUAAAUCCUUACCACUUAUGUAUUUUACUUGGAGAUCAGGGCUACUAAACCUGUAUUCGCAUCUAUUUCAACAUAUCAGUGUUAGCCAGCUAACAAUAAUCUUGAUAUCUGGAAUAGAUCCCAACCAUUGAACCAC